AUGGAAUUCGAGGAUGACGAUGGCGAUGUGAAUGAAAUUGAUAUUGUGCCGGAUACGGAUGAAGAUGAAGAAAGGGAAGAUGAGACGAUGCAAGAAGAGGAAGGACAAGAAAGUGACGAAGAAGAUGGAUUCGGAUUGAUCCAGACGACUCACGAGGGCGAUGACGAAGGGCAGUUCGAGGAUCGUGAGCCACUUUCGCAUUUUCUGGACGCGAACGUCUUCUUGGACAAUCUUGAUGAUAUUGAUCGAAGUACUGGUUUUGAAAUCUCUCGUACAGAUCGGAGCGCACUGAACGAAGUGAGUGUACAUCCACUGAUGCAGCGAACCAACAUACUCGCAAGU